CUUCGGUUGAGUUGCAUCCUGCCUCACUGGAGUCUGAAGUAAGCAAAUGAAGUGAGAGCUAACAAAUUUGAUCAUUGAUCAGGAGAGUAAAGAUGACGACGUUUCGUUGCCGAGUUAUACUUUUGGACGACACUAUCAUUGAGCGGGACCUGGAGAAAAAAGCAGUGGGCCAGGUUCUGUUUGAUAUCGUCUGUGAGUAUCUCGACCUGCUGGAGAAGGACUACUUUGGUUUGGCAUUAUGGGAUUCAUCCAACUGUAAGGUGUGGCUGGACUUUUCUAAACGGGUUCACAAGCAGAUCAUAGGUCAUGAUGCUACAUUUACAUUCAGUGUCAAAUUUUACCCACCUGACCCUUCUGUAUUGGCUGAGGACAUCACAAGAUACUUACUGUGUCUUCAGCUAAGGAAAGACAUCCUGACCGACCGUCUGCCCUGUCCGUCUGACAUGUUGGCAGUUUUGGGAUCAUACGUGAUCCAGUCAGAAUUUGGGGAUUAUAACCCUGAACUACAUGGGAAAGAGUUCUUCAGUAGCAUUCCCCUUGGGCCCAGUCAGACUCCAGAGCUGGAAGAGAAAGUGACAGAGCUGCAUCGUACACUCAAAUCCAUGAGUCCUGCUCAAGCAGAUCGGCUUUUCCUGCAGAAUGUCAGGACGCUCGACCUGUACGGAGUACACCUGCAUCCUGCUAAGGAUGCCAGUGGAGGAGAUGUGAUGCUGGGGGUAUGUGCUGAUGGAUUUGUGGUGUAUGAGGAUGAAGAUGAGGAAAAGAAACAUAUUUUCAUAUGGCCUAGAGUUCUGAAUAUGUCUUUCAGACACAGCAACUUCCAUGCCAGGAUUUCCAACUUGGAGGAUGCGUCUGAAAAUACCUUCAAAUUCAGUCUGCCCAGCUACCGUGCCUGCAAAUGCCUGUGGAAAAAUGCUCUGGAGCAUCAUGCCUUCUUCAGGGACCUAGACAAGGCCCCAGAGGGGCUGCUACACUUGGAUAAUAGGUUUCGUUUCCGUGGGCUCACUCAUGCAGAAUCUCGAGAGGCAAGCUCUACCAUCAAUCGACCAGCUCCACGCUUCUCACGAUCAGCUAUCAAGAGAAAAGCAAAAGAAAGCCUUCUUGUGGCUUUGAAGCGCCCAAACCGAACUGAGUUUGACGAUUGGUUCCAACUGCUUGGCUCUGAUGAAUCAUGGCCCACUUAUCGCCCAGAUAAGGACACACUAAAAGGUGGAGAGACCCUUGCUUAUAAAGAAAGAGAGGAAGUGGAUAAUGAGUGGUUUCAGCUGUUGGGGAGGCGCUCCUUUCCCACUCAGCAUUCUUUGUCAUUCUUUUCUUCAGGUACUGAUAUUUUGGAAAGUGCUCCAUUCCAGCUUUGGAAACUGCGAGCUGAUGAUUGGUUUGUCCUCCUCGAACCCCACGUUUAUCAUCCCACCUUUUGGUCCUUGAAGACCCGACCAUUGUCUCUGCAGACCUCUCAAGCUGAAGAGCAGAGAGAAGAGCUGGAAUGGAUAGAAAGAACCUCAGAGAAGAAUAUAAAGAUUGUCAAAAUAAGAAAAGAGGUUGAGGCUGUGACAGAACAACAUGAGGAACUGGAAAUGGAAAGAAACCUAAUGAAACCAGACGUUGUUGGAGAAGAUGUAGAGUUUGAUAUUGGAGACAGUGUGAAAAUAAUGAAGGUUAUGAGGGAAACGCUAGAACAAGAAGGGGAUGGAGAGGAAAUCCAAAGAGUUGUAAUGUAUGAACAGAGAACACAGGAAGUAGAACCUCAUACAGAACAAUCUCAGGAGGCUUUGGUUGGACAAAGGAUAAGGGGGAUGGAAGUCGUAGACACAGUACAUGACUUGAUGUUAAAGACAAGUCAACAUGAGGAACUGGAAAUGGAAAGAAACCUAAUGAAAUCAGACAUUGUUGGAGAAGAUCUAGAGUUUGAUAUCGGAGGCAGUGUGAAAAUACUGAAGGCUAUGAGGGAAACGCUAGAACAAGAAGGGGAUGGAGAGGAAAUCCAAAGAGUUGUAAUGUAUGAACAGAGAACACAGGAAGUAGAACCUCGUACAGGACAAUCUCAGGAGGCUUUGGUUGGACAAAGGAUAAGGGGGAUGGAAGUCGUAGACACAGUACAUGACUUGAUGUUAAAGACAAGUCAACAUGAGGAACUGGAAAUGGAAAGAAACCUAAUGAAAUCAGACAUUGUUGGAGAAGAUCUAGAGUUUGAUAUCGGAGGCAGUGUGAAAAUACUGAAGGUUAUGAGGGAAACGCUAGAACAAGAAGGGGAUGGAGAGGAAAUCCAAAGAGUUGUAAUGUAUGAACAGAGAACACAGGAAGUAGAACCUCAUACAGGACAAUCUCAGGAGGCUUUGGUUGGACAAAGGAUAAGGGGGAUGGAAGUCGUAGACACAGUACAUGACUUGAUGUUAAAGACAAGUCAACAUGAGGAACUGGAAAUGGAAAGAAACCUAAUGAAAUCAGACAUUGUUGGAGAAGAUCUAGAGUUUGAUAUCGGAGGCAGUGUGAAAAUACUGAAGGUUAUGAGGGAAACGCUAGAACAAGAAGGGGAUGGAAAGGAAAUCCAAAGAGUUGUAAUGUAUGAACAGAGAACACAGGAAGUAGAACCUCAUACAGGACAAUCUCAGGAGGCUUUGGUUGAACAAAGGAUAAGGGGGAUGGAAGUCGUAGACACAGUACAUGACUUGAUGUUAAAGACAAGUCAAGAAGUGUUUGAGGAAAAUAUAGAAGAAUUAGAGGAAACAAUACAGGAAGUAGAGAGUAUUGAACAAAGACUGAAGGACCUAGAAAGGCUGAAAGUCAGAUUACAGGAAGUAGAAGUUUUAGAGCAAAAACUGCAACAAGUGCAGCAGGCAGGGAGACAACGAAGGCAAAGUGACGACUGGUACAUUCUGCUGGAGCACAAACUGAUGGGUUCUUCAGUACCUGCAAGACUACUAGGAGUUGCAACGUCUGGACAAAAGCUACAGGAUGUAGAAAAGAAAAGACAAGAACGAGGAGAGAGAGGUGAAUGGUACCUUUUGCUGGAUCGCAAAUCCUUGGGGGUAUCUUCAGCAAGUGCAGGUCCUACCAUGGACACAACAGAGCAAAAAGCAGAGAUUAGACAGUGGAUAGAGGGGGAACUCCAAAGAGUAAGCACUCUAACACCUGUCCAGAUGAAAGAUGACUGGUACAUUUUGCUGGAAUUGCUUCCACGAUCUACACAGACCAGGCAACCUGCACUGCGUCCAUCAGAGAUUGAUAUCCAGUCACAUUGGGUACGUGUAGCAGAGGAGCACAAAAACGUGGGAGACGAAAAGACAUGGAGAGAGGAGAGAACAAUUCAUGUGAGAGAAACACAACCAACUUUACCAGCACAAAGAGAAGAACAGAGACAGAAACAGGUGGAAGAUGACUGGUUUAUCCUGCAGGAUGUUUCUCCUAAAGAAGCAGCUGUAGAUGUUUACAAAGAGACCAGGAAGGAGGAAGUACAGCUAGUCGAAAAGGAAGCAAAGCCAAUAAUAUUUGAGGAGGAGAGAAGAGAAAUGAUAGAGGCAUCUCAGGAAGUGGUUCAGCCGAUUCCAAUACCUUUCAAGAAGAGAGAUGUUCCUUCAGGUCCUACCAUGGACACAGCAGAGCAAAAAGCAGAGAUUAGACAGUGGAUAGAGGGGGAACUCCAAAGAGUAAGCACUCUAACACCUGUCCAGAUGAAAGAUGACUGGUACAUUUUGCUGGAAUUAAUUCCACGAUCUACACAGACCAGGCAACCUGCACUGCGUCCAUCAGAGAUUGAUAUCCAGUCACCUUGGGUACGUGUAGUAGAGGAGCACAAAAACGUGGGAGACGAAAAGACAUGGAGAGAGGAGAGAACAAUUCAUGUGAGAGAAACACAACCAGCUUUACCAGCACAAAGAGAAGAACAGAGACAGAAACAGGUGGAAGAUGACUGGUUUAUCCUGCAGGAUGUUUCUCCUAAAGAAGCAGCUGUAGAUGUUUACAAAGAGACCAGGAAGGAGGAAGUACAGCUAGUCGAAAAGGAAGCAAAGCCAAUAAUAUUUGAGGAGGAGAGAAGAGAAAUGAUAGAGGCAUCUCAGGAAGUGGUUCAGCCGAUUCCAAUACCUUUCAAGAAGAGAGAUGUUCCUUCAGGUCCUACCAUGGACACAGCAGAGCAAAAAGCAGAGAUUAGACAGUGGAUAGAGGGGGAACUCCAAAGAGUAAGCACUCUAACACCUGUCCAGAUGAAAGAUGACUGGUACAUUUUGCUGGAAUUGCUUCCACGAUCUACACAGACCAGGCAACCUGCACUGCGUCCAUCAGAGAUUGAUAUCCAGUCACCUUGGGUACAUGUAGCAGAGGAGCACAAAAACGUGGGAGACGAAAAGACAUGGAGAGAGGAGAGAACAAUUCAUGUGAGAGAAAAACAACCAACUUUACCAGCACAAAGAGAAGAACAGAGACAGAAACAGGUGGAAGGUGACUGGUUUAUCCUGCAGGAUGUUUCUCCUAAAGAAGCAGCUGUAGAUGUUUACAAAGAGACCAGGAAGGAGGAAGUACAGCUAGUCGAAAAGGAAGCAAAGCCAAUAAUAUUUGAGGAGGAGAGAAGAGAAAUGAUAGAGGCAUCUCAGGAAGUGGUUCAGCCGAUUCCAAUACCUUUCAAGAAGAGAGAUGUUCCUUCAGGUCCUACCAUGGACACAGCAGAGCAAAAAGCAGAGAUUAGACAGUGGAUAGAGGGGGAACUCCAAAGAGUAAGCACUGUAACACCUGUCCAGAUGAAAGAUGACUGGUACAUUUUGCUGGAAUUGCUUCCACGAUCUACACAGACCAGGCAACCUGCACUGCGUCCAUCAGAGAUUGAUAUCCAGUCACCUUGGGUACAUGUAGUAGAGGAGCACAAAAACGUGGGAGACGAAAAGACAUGGAGAGAGGAGAGAACAAUUUAUGUGAGAGAAACACAACCAACUUUACCAGCACAAAGAGAAGAACAGAGACAGAAACAGGUGGAAGAUGACUGGUUUAUCCUGCAGGAUGUUUCUCCUAAAGAAGCAGCUGUAGAUGUUUACAAAGAGACCAGGAAGGAGGAAGUACAGCUAGUCGAAAAGGAAGCAAAGCCAAUAAUAUUUGAGGAGGAGAGAAGAGAAAUGAUAGAGGCAUCUCAGGAAGUGGUUCAGCCGAUUCCAAUACCUUUCAAGAAGAGAGAUGUUCCUUCAGGUCCUACCAUGGACACAGCAGAGCAAAAAGCAGAGAUUAGACAGUGGAUAGAGGGGGAACUCCAAAGAGUAAACACUCUAACACCUGUCCAGAUGAAAGAUGACUGGUACAUUUUGCUGGAAUUGCUUCCACGAGCUACACAGACCAGGCAACCUGCACUGCGUCCAUCAGAGAUUGAUAUCCAGUCACCUUGGGUACGUGUAGCAGAGGAGCACAAAAACGUGGGAGACGAAAAGACAUGGAGAGAGGAGAGAACAAUUCAUGUGAGAGAAACACAACCAGCUUUACCAGCACAAAGAGAAGAACAGAGACAGAAACAGGUGGAAGAUGACUGGUUUAUCCUGCAGGAUGUUUCUCCUAAAGAAGCAGCUGUAGAUGUUUACAAAGAGACCAGGAAGGAGGAAGUACAGCUAGUCAAAAAGGAAGCAAAGCCAAUAAUAUUUGAGGAGGAGAGAAGAGAAAUGAUAGAGGCAUCUCAGGAAGUGGUUCAGCCGAUUCCAAUACCUUUCAAGAAGAGAGAUGUUCCUUCAGUUGUGCAGCGUGGAAGAAUCAGACGUUUACUGAACGUGCUCCUGUGGCUGAUCAGCUCCUCAUGUAGAGGGUGGGAAGGAGAGUCUAAGAUUUUUAUUUUGGACAGUGUCCUCUUCUCCAACACCACUGUCAGAGAGUCCAGUUCCACGCCUACAACAUGGCCGGCCUUCCUGAUGAUCUUAUUGAGUCUGUUAGUAUCCUUCACCUUCAAGCCGCUGCCCCAGCAGACGACAGCGUACAGGAUGGCACUGGCCACCACAGACUCAUAGAAGAUCCGCAGCAUCGUUCGGCAUAUGUUGAAGGACCUCAGCCGUCUCAGAAGAUAGAGAUGGCUCUGGCCCUUUUUGUAUACCGUCUCCACGUUUUUGGACCAGUCCAGUUUAUUAUCCAAGUACACCCCCAGGUACUUAUAUUCCUCCACCACGUCCACACUGACCCCUUGGAUGUUAACAGGGUUCACCGGAGCCCUGAUUCUCUUCAGAUCAACCACCAGUUCUUUCAUCUUUGUUGCAUUGAGCUGUAGGUGGUUCUUCCUGCUCCACGCGACAAAGUUGUCCACCACUGUCCUGUACUCGCUCUCAUCACCACCGGUAAUACGUCCAACCACUGCAGAGUCAUCAGAAAAUUUCUGGAGGUGGCAGGUCUCCAUGCAGUAGUUGAAAUCAGUGGUGUAGAGAGCGAAAAGGAAAGGAGAAAGGACAGUCUCUUGCGGAGCCCUGGUGUUGCUGAUCACUCUGUCCGACACACAGCACUGCAAGCACACGUACUGUGGUCUGCCAGUCAAAUAAUCCACAAUCCAGGACACCAGUGGGGCAUCCACCUGCAUCGCUGUCAACUUCUCACCCAGCAGAGCUGGCCGGAUGGUGUCAAAAGCACUGGAGAAAUCAAAAACCAUGAUCCUCACAGUGCUGGCUGGCUUGUCCAGGUGGCCGUAGACUUUGUUGAGCAGGUAGAUGAUUGCGUCCUCUACUCCAAGACGGGGCUGGUAGGCAAACUGAAGGGGAUCAAGAAGUGGUUGGACCAUAGGCCGGAUCUGCUCCAGGAUGAGUCUCUCAAGGGUCUUCAUGAUGUGUGACCAAUUCGCCGUCUGUAAAAUUAGACCUAGCCGAGGCCUGGAAUAAUCUGUUUUUACAGCAUUUCACAUAAUUUGUAUUUGAUUACAAAUUUGACAUCCUGUAACUUUUUAAGAUUAGCUACCUCACCAACACUUUAGGCAGCUGACUUGACUAAAAAAUAAAAUAAAAUAACUGCUAGAUAAUUGGCUUUAUAUAAUAUAAAAUGCGAUUUUGGCAGCACACACGUUCACUAGUCACUUUAUUAGGAACCAUUGCUCAUUCAUGCAAUUAUCCAUCAGACAUCAUUCAUGACCCAUCACAUGGCAACAGCAUUAUGCAAAAAAAAAAAAAUCAUGUAGCUACAGAUCAAGAGUUUUGGUUAUCCCUUUCUCUCUAAGAUUAUUCAGGACGCUGUUGGGUUUCUGUGUGUAGAGUAUCGUGACUUUUUGUUUAGCUGCUGGUGAGCAGGGUGAUGGGAAAGGAGAGGGGGUGUGAAUCCCCUAAAGGGCAAACAAUUCUCCACAAUAACAUUGGUACAGAGAUAAAAUGGACAGCACAACUAAGGCUGUCCAGACUAAUAUGUUUUAGUUUUAAAACAGCAUUUUAAAACGAAAAUAAUCUCCAUCCAGACAAGUGUUUUAGCUCCGUAUCAGAAAUAAUCUCCGUCCAUACUAACACGCCCGAUAACACACAUCACAUGACCAUUCACUGGGCAUGCAUGUGCCAGUAUAAACAGCUGAUGUCAUUUCUGUGAAGAAU